AUGUCAGGCUCCGACCACAUACGUGAGAAAGAUGGAAUUUGGGCUGUUUUGGCUUGGCUAUCCAUACUUGCCUACAAAAAUAAAGACAACCUCAGUGGGGAGAAGCUUGUCACAGUGGAAGACAUUGUUCGAAAGCAUUGGGCCACAUAUGGGCGUCACUAUUACACUAGAUAUGAUUAUGAGAAUGUUGAUGCAGGUGCUGCAAAGGAACUAAUGGCAUAUUUGGUGAAACUGCAAUCUUCCCUUGGUGAUGUUAACAAGACUGUGAAGGGAAUACAUUCAGAUGUGUCGAGUAUUGUCCAUGCUGAUGAAUUCGAAUACAAAGAUCCUGUUGAUGGUUCCAUUUCAAAGCAUCAGGGUAUACGCUAUCUGUUUGAGGAUGGGUCACGAUUGGUUUUCCGUCUCUCUGGAACUGGCUCAGAGGGUGCUACCAUUCGUCUUUACAUUGAGCAAUAUGAAAAGGAUCCAUCUAAGACGGGGAGAGAUUCUCAAGAAGCACUUGCUCCUCUUGUGGAGGUUGCUCUUAAGCUGUCUAAGAUGCAGGAAUUUACCGGCCGAUCUGCUCCCACUGUUAUUACAUAG